AUGGAUGAGGUCAACACUCACCAGCAGCUCAGACCCUACUAUGAUCCGAAUACUUUUAACGCCGGCUACAGUUCGGUCUUCAAGCCAGAUCAAGGGGUCAUCGAUAAUCAUGGGUUCAGCAUCGCUUCCAGGCUGAACAUAGUGUCACAAUCAAAAUCGAAGGUUACUAAGAAACUGCGCGAAUCCGGAAUGCUUUCGCAGCUUACUACGGGCCUUAAAAACCCAUCGCGGGAUCCUGAGUCCUCCGCAGAAGAAGCACAAAAAUCCUUGGCCGACAUGGAGUGGAGUGACCUGCUCAAUUGGAGGUCGUGGAGGGCCAUCGGUACUCAGCUUCUAGAGCAGUUCCUGAAGCGUUACUUCAGACACUUGAUCCAGCAACCCUUCGAGGUUGCCAGAUUCCUUCUGCAAGUAGGUGAGUUCAAUCUCAUCAAACCCGACGACCGUUCAAAGAUUACUCUGGAGGUUGAAGAGGAAAAGGCUGAUGAUUCAGUGGAAGACGAUGAAGAGGAAAUAGAAUACUUCCCAAGAGCGGACAUUGGUAACCAAGCAGAAGAAAUCGAGGGGUCCGCAAGCCAUCAGCACCAUACUGAGCAUUCAGUGCCCACCCUCACGAAGAAAAUACAACCCGAGUCCCUCCAUACCAUGGACAUGCUGAAUUCUGUGAUGGAUGAGGAAGGCACUCGCGGUCUCUGGAGAGCGAACAACACUACCUUCAUCUACAAUUUCUUGUCUGUUACGCUUGACGCGUGGUUCACCGGUCUGCUCAGUCCCGUUUUCCAGGUACCAGACCCCUUCUUCAUUGACAUAGUGCAUUCCACAGAUACGCAGAAAUCGGUGAUUCUGACUAUUAGUGCUAGCGUCUUCACAGGUCUGGUACUUUUGCCUGUUGACAUAAUUCGCACGCGACUAACUAUUACGUCUGUGAAGGUCGGAGAUCGGAGUCUGCGAAACUUGUUGAGAAAAUGGUCUUGGAGACAGCAUGCUUUUAACCUUCCUCUGGAUUUGGUCCUCCUCAAAGUCGGUGACUCUGUUGCCACUACCCUCUUCAGCAAGCUGACGAGUGUUACGCUUUACCAUCUGUUUAACAUUGACAAGUACUCUCAAACUAUGUGGUACAACACCUUGGAGUUCAUGUCAAAGAUGGUGGAGCUGUUUGUUAGGCUGCCGAUUGAAAACCUUUCAAGGCGCGCGCAGACGUGGUACCUGCUGCGGGGCAAAGCACGCGAUCCUUUCCCUGUUCACGAAGACAACAUGAUAAUAAUCCCAAGGAAGUACAAGGGGGUUUGGGCUACAUUGCAAGAGCGCGAACGCACACAUGAACUCUGGCGCGGCUGGAGAUUAGGGCUUCUGAGCAUGCUCUGCGGCUAUGGUCUAAAAAUGAUGAACCUUGAGGCUUUGGAGGAGGAAAGGUUCUGA